AUGAUCAUCUGCUGGGACCUCAUCAACCAUGAGGUCAGUGAGACAGAGAGUAAGACUGAUGAGUCACUCAGUGGAAAUGCUUUCACUGGAGGCCCUGAGGACAAAGGUACUGGAAGCAUGCUAAUUGCUGUUGUUGAUAUUGUCAUGAACUAUCACUUGCAAGAAACCAGAAUCACAACAGAAAGCUACGAGAAGCACAUCAAAGAUUAUAUAAAAUCAAUCAAAGGCAAACUUGAAGAACAGAGACCAAGGAAGAGUUAA